AUUCCCUGUAAGGAAUGAGCCGUCUGGGAGUAGAGGCAAGGAGGCGCUGAAGGUACAGCCUAGAUGUGCAACUGGCCGGGUUAUGCUUGUUGUGCGAAUGCAGUCAUUAGGUGCUGCUAAACUUUCGUUCCACCCCAAAAAAGCACCGCCAAGCAGCACCAUCCUGGCUUGUUCGUCCAAAACAAAGGCCCAGGAUCGUUUUUCCCACUGCCGAUGGGAUUUCACAGCCUCCUCUCCGCUGAGAAUCUCUCUGCCUCGAACCCCAAAACUUUGAGGGCGCUACCAACGUCCCCUCCUCCCGCACUCCUAGAGCAGCCGGAAGCAGAUUCUUUCUCGGGCCGGAUGUGGGUGGGCUGUAGGGAACGACGGCCGAGAUGAAGCCGGCGGUGGACGAGAUGUUUCCCGAGGGUGCGGGGCCCUAUGUGGACCUUGACGAGGCUGGAGGAAGUACAGGUUUAUUGAUGGAUCUAGCAGCUAAUGAAAAGGCAGUACAUGCAGACUUCUUUAAUAAUUUUGAAGAUAUGUUUGACGAUGACGAUAUCCAGUGAAACGUGUCUUCCGGCUAUGCGGUCCUGAAUAUUUACAUUUCUUGUAGAGACUAUGUUCUAAACAAAAAGGAAAUGUGAAAGUAAUCCUAAGACAUGAAAGCAUUAUGAAAUGGUUAAAUAUGGAUGAAGAGGAUAAUGGUGAAACUCAUUUCCAUUAGGAUUUGUUUAGAUGUGGAAUUCUGCAAGCUUGCUUCAAUAAAAAUCUAAUUAAAUAUUUAAUUUCUUUAAAAAAAGACUUGUUUUUCAAUUAUAUCACUCUAAAAUUUGGCUUAGAAAAGACAAAUUGUAAUCAUAUUAUCUCCCCACAUA